GACCGUACCCUCAGCGCGGCGGUGUCGCUGGGCCGUGCCUCGUUCCGCCCCGCGCCGCCCAUCUCUGCGGGCCGCGUCGGGCGGCGGGACUACAAGUCCCAGUGUGCCCCGGGCGGGCCGGCUGGCUGGCGGAGAGCCCACGCUCCCCCCCCCUACCCCCCCCGCCCUCCCUCCGUGCUGAUGUGUACCGUGUGCGAGGUGGGGGGAGCGGCACGGCGAGGCUGGCAGCCCCUCCGCGCCCCGUUCUGAGGGGGAUGCGGGCGCCGUCGGGGAGCUGCCCCCCGUCGCGGCGGGUCCUCCUCCCACGGCGCUGGGCUCCCCCCGCUCUGGAGCUUCGCGCUGCCGCCGCGUAACGCGCUGUGCCGGCCCGCAGGGACCCCCUGCCCGGCUCCGGUAGGCGGCCAUGGCCUCUAAAGUGCUGCGGGCGGUGGUGCUGGGCCCCCCCGGUUCGGGGAAGGGGACGGUGUGCGAGAGGAUCGCCCGCAGCUUCGGGCUCCAGCACCUCUCCAGCGGCCAAUUCCUGCGGGAGAGCCUCCGCAGCGGCGGCGAAGUUGGCAUCUUGGCAAAGCAGUACCUCGAGCGAGGCCUUCUGGUGCCGGACCACGUCAUCACACGUGUGAUGAUGACAGAGCUGGAGAAGCGGCGAGCAGAGCACUGGCUGCUUGAUGGUUUCCCACGGACGCUGGGGCAAGCUGAGGCACUGGACAGGAUCUGUGAGCUGGACCUGGUGAUCAGCCUGCACAUCCCCUUCGAGACGCUGAAGGACCGCCUGAGCGCCCGCUGGAUCCACCCGGCAAGCGGACGGGUCUACAACAUGGAGUUCAACCCUCCUCAUGUGCAUGGCAUCGACGACGUGACGGGCGAGCCGCUGGUCCAGCGUGAGGACGAUAAACCUGAGGCCGUCACUGCCCGCCUCAGAAAGUACAAAGAUGCUGCAAAGCCAGUCAUAGAGUUAUACAAGAGCAGGGGUAUCCUGCACUCAUUUUCGGGGACAGAGACCAACAAGAUCUGGCCGUACGUGUAUGCUCUGCUGUCCAACAAGAUCCCACCCCUGCGCUCAGAAGAGGAGCACUAACCAGCUUGGGCCAGGGACCAGGAAUUGGUGUGAUAACUGCUUGGUUUCUCUGCACGGUGCUGGAGCUGUGCUCAAAUUAGGCAAUCAUGCACUACCUUCCCCAGGUGUGCUGGAUAACAGCUGUGGAAACAUGGUUACGACCAGUAUCCGGAUGAAAAGAUCUAUGCUUAUAGGGUCAAGUCUGCUAGAAUAAGUGUUUUUCUUCUGAGGCUAGAAAAUAUUCCUGCCUGUGAUCCAACUGCACAGAUCAGUGAUGCAAACCUAGGUCAUGAUUCUUUCAGGUUUACACAACUUGCCGUGAUCUCCCUGCCACCCCCGUAUGAAACACCAGCCUCUAAGCCUAUCAUGUGCCAUUCCAUUGCCCUGCAGUACUGUUUACCACAGGUCACUCUAUUGUUGUCUUUUUUUUUUUUAAAUUAUUUUCUAUUAAAUUUAUUUCUUAGAGAAAUAAAACCCUAAAGUGCAAGACUUUAGCCCGGUGGGAGUUGGUGAGGAACGCAGAAAACGUUCACGCUAGAGCUCAGAAAUGUGAAGAUCACGUUUCCAGUAACAGUAGAUGUAGAAGAGGGAAAAUGCAAGAGGUAGAAUACGUACUUGUGCUUUUUCCAUAAGGAGAGAUGAAGAAAACAGUAGAAAAAGCUGCUACACAUUUUACUUGUCAUGAGCUGGCGUGACGUGGAGCAGGAAGGUGAGCAGGUGUGGGGGGGAAAGAACUGCCCUGGUUUGUGCUUACCUUGUCCAUAGCUUUCCAUGCCACGAGGUGCAGUCCUGUUUCAAUAGCUUCUCCCAAAGAUUUCAAUGUGUUUUGGUUUUGGGGAGAAACCGAGUCAUUCCUUGUUCUUUGCUGCCUUUGCCCCACUGGAAAGGGGCUGUCCCGAGGACGUGCCUGCUGCAGGGGGGGGGGGUUCACCUGCAGCGGCUGCGGGCUCUUGCACUGCCAUCCCACUGUCUGUCCCUUAUCCUUAUGUCUGUGAGGGCUGCCAAAGUGACCGUGCCCCUUUCAGCAGUGUUGUGUGUGAGCGUGCGUCUGUCUGAAACAGCGUUAGCAUGCUCCUGCUGCCCAGCAUUUGGUUUGCAAACAAGAUAAGGGCAGUGGCUGGUGCUGUUCCCACCCCUGCGUGCAGGAGCUCUGGGCACAGUCACCAGGUCCAUGGGGACGCUCCCCUGGUCUCCUCCAGUUGCCUUAUUUUAUAGACUCUAUAUUUAAAGAAAAAAAAAAAUCGAAGCAAGGUGUGUAUUUUUUAAAGUUUAAAAAAAGAAAAAAAAGCUGAAUUUUAGCGUCUGCUUUGGAGAAUGCUUUGCUGAGCUGCAUGCUGCAGUCUGCCAGACCACAGGAAGGGAUGCAGGUGAGCUGUCACUGCCCUACACCCGUGCAAUCAAUUGGAGCAGCCUGGGCAAGUUCCCAUUGCUGAAAUGUCACUGUGUUAUUGCUUGGAGAGCAGCUCUGCAGCAGGGCAGUGCGGACCAACUUUUUAGGGAAAUAUUUUUUUUUAGGAUUUUUUUCUUUAGGGAUGUGCCCUGGGGGUGCUUCUCUGAGCCACCUCCGCCUCAAUGCCACCAGGAACUCUGCUGGUCACUGGCUUGGCUGGGGACAGCUUUACCAUGGCUUUCUCCUGCUAACACAGCUAGAAGCCAUCAGGAUCCCCCCAGUAGCAUCUCUGGCACGUGAGCACUUAUUUCCGAGGCUCCGAGCUCUCCUAUAAAUGCAGAACCCCACAGCCACGCAUGCCUGCAGCCCUCAGGACAGGUUUUUCUCCAAGAGUUGUACUGUGCACUUUGGUGGACCAAGCCCCGGAGCAUCCCACCGGGCAGCGCAGCCCUCGCUCUCCUCUGCCCCUGUGCCCUGAAUCUCGCGCUUCCUGCAGCGCCAGCCGCACUGUAGGGACCAAGGGGAGGCGGGUGCCCGCAUCCCAAUGUGUGACACUGAGUUUUGCUCCUGGAGUUUCCUCCCAAGGAAUCUCCGUUGCUGUGCUGCUGCUUGGAAGAUGUAAAUAAAUUUUUUUUCUCCUGCUUA